CUCUCUCUCUCUCUCUCUCUCUCUCUCUCUCUCUCUCUCUCUCUCUAUAAUCUCUAUCUCUGUAGUGGAGGAAGAAACAAAGCAAUCUCUCUUUCCCUCUCUGGGUGAGGAAGAAAAAACCAAUCUAUCAUCUCUCUCUCAACUGGAUAGAGGAAAAAGAAGACCCCUCUCUCUCCAUUUCUCUUUAGAGGAAGAAAAGACCUUCCAUUUGGUGCUCUCUCUCAAUCCGUCUCCUUCUCUUCCCCAUCGGAUCAUCAGAUCUGUUCCCCCCUGCCACCGAUUGGUCUCGCUCCCCGGAGCACUAAGAACACGAUGCGCAAGGCCGGGGCUCGGGGCGCUGCCACUGCCGACCCGUCUGCCGCGAUGCCCUGGCCAUCAUCUGCUGCUGCCGCUGCCGGUGGCACCCCUAAGGAAGUCGGAAUACGCUUCCGUGGUGUCCGCAAGCGGCCAUGGGGUCGCUUUGCUGCUGAGAUCCGCGACCCGUGGAAAAAGAGCCGCGUAUGGCUUGGCACCUUUGACACAGCUGAGGCUGCUGCCAGGGCCUACGACGCUGCCGCCCGCUCCCUCCGCGGUCCGAAAGCCAAAACCAAUUUCCCUUUGCAUCAUCAUCCUUCAUCUCUCCCGAACAUCGCCACCACAGAUGCUCCCCUUCCCUCUCUCCUCCCCCCCUCUAAUGCCGCCCCUGCUGUAAGCACGAGUACAACUCUGAGCUCGACAGUGGAGUCAUUUAGUAGGCCACGUCCCCCACGGCUGCAGUCGUCGAAGGCCCCUGCGGUUUCUCAGGCUCAUCAAGACCCAUCGCACAGCGACUGCGAUUCGUCGUCGUCAGUGGUCGAUGACACAAGGAGACCCUUGUUGUUCAUCGACCUCAACCUCCCUCCUCGUGACGAAGAGGACGAGGAGCUUGAGAGCGUGGCUCUGCGUCUCUGAUGAUUGAAGCUCUGAUCGUUGUUGUCUGCCUCUCUUUGGAUCUUUCUCCCUCUCUCCUUUUCUUCUCUUGUUUUCUCUGUGUUGUAUUGUAUUUACAUGAGGGUUGCUGGGUGGGAGUGAUCUGAUCUCCUUUCCCUGCAUGCCCCUGUUUUUACGGAUGAGAUUAUUAGAUGAAUGAUUUGGAGUGGAGCUUUGAUAUGCA